AUGACCGACUCCCCAACCCCAAAAACACACAUUGCGCAAACCCUUCUGUCGCGCGCCCACUCCCCAGAAAGCACAGCAACACAAUUUACCGAAAAAAUAAAACAAAGACCCCUUUACCUCCGCCCGACAGAAUCAACAGCAACAGAUAACCGCAGCCGGCGCCGCCUGCACCGCCUCCGCAAAAAAGAAUACUUCCUCAAACACCAGAAGCCGCGCCCGCUAUCGGCGCGCGAGAAGCGCGAAUCCGGCCAACACGAUCUGCCCAAGGAUGAAUGCAAGUACGCGAUUUUCAAGGGUCUGCAUGGGCUCUGGGUGGGGUAUAUGCAUGAAAUUCUGGACCUGAAGCCUGGCGCGCAUGGCGGGCCUGUUUCUGCGCUUGUGCACGGCAGUAAGCUUGUUAGUGCUGAUUACCACGGGGCCGAGGUUGAGGUUGUGAGAAGUUCUUGUGCUGGGAGGGUUGGGGUUAAGGGGAUUGUGGUGAGGGACACGAAGUUUACUUUCGUGCUUGUUACUGAGGGGGAUGAGAUGAAGACUAUUCCGAAAGAGCAGACGAUUUUCAAAUUCACGGUCCCUUUGCCGGUAUCUUCAAUGGGUGAGUCUGCUGCUGAUGAGGCAAAGCCAUUGGUCUUUGAGUUGCAUGGAAGCCAGUUCGAGAAUCGGUCGGUGGAUCGUGCCAAUAAGAAGUUCAAGUGGAGGAAUAUCGAUUAUCUUUGA